UUUCCAACUAGUUCCCCUGUUCGUUCUAUCGAAUUCUCAAUUCAUAUGAGCCAGCGGUAACCGGACGUAUUGUGGAACUUGCGAUAAUAAUGGUUGUCGACUAUGCGCAACAGCUGGAAAGGAAGUGUCAGGAAGAACCAGAUCUCGCUCCGAUUGUUCCCGCGAUCCGGAUUCUCCUCUCUUGCUUGAGAGAUUCAGAUUUCGGCAGUAUACAAGAACUCCAGACGAGCCUCAACAAUGUCAGCGAGUCCUUGAUGACUUCGAGCUGCGCCACUAUCGGGGUAGAGAGCGCUUGCGAACUGUUCAAGAGAUACAUCACCCUAACCCGCCUGGAUGUGGACCUGAAUCAGUUGAAGCCGGCCCUUGUGUCUCGCGGUGAAUCCUUCCUACGAAAAAUUUCCAGCGACAGACACAAAGUUGCGAAAUUGGCGGCGCAUUUCAUUCUCAACGGUCACAGAAUUCUUGUCCAUUCGAGAUCGCGGGUCGUUCGAGAUGCUCUACUCGAGGCAGCGAAGAGGAGCAAUUUCACGGUAUAUAUCACCGAAUCAGCCCCGGAUCAGUCGGGAGCUCAGAUGGCGAAGGAACUCAGCACGGUCGCCGGUAUCGAGUGCCAUGUGUUGAAAGAUGCUGCUGUCGGUUACUUCAUGGAACGCAUCGAUCUGGUUUUAUUAGGCGCUGAAGGAAUCGUAGAAUCAGGAGGGAUCAUCAAUCGGAUAGGAACCUUCCAGAUUGCCGUUUGUGCUCGACAACUCAACAAACCGGUGUAUGUACUGGCCGAGAGCGUGAAAUGCAUUCGAUUCUUCCCCCUGAGUCAGAGGGAUCUCAAAUCACUGCCGAACGCUGAAAAAGAUGGCCACCCAUGCGUGGAUUACACAUCACCAGAUUUCAUCCGUCUGCUGAUAACGGAUCUGGGCACCCUCACACCCUCUGCUGUGAGCGAUGAGCUCAUCAAAUUGUAUCUGUGAGAAGCCAUAGGCCGUGAGCCUUGUACAUGUAUGACGUCAGAAACAACCUACACUAAAUCAUGAUAU